GACGUGCGUCAAAAAUUUAGCGGAAAGCGUGGAAUGAGAUGAACACGAGCAUGAAUUUCCUAUUUUUUAGUUAAGAAUUAAGUGUAGUUUAAAUAUUUAUGGCGUUAGAAUGGCCGAGAUCUCUAAUACUAUUAAGGAAAGCAGCUUGUUACCUUUGGAAUUUCAGAAUGGAGUCAAUAAGAACUUGACGAAUCCAACUUUACAGAACUUUUUAAAAGAACUUGCUGCUACUGACCACGAGAAUGAUAUAAAAAAGAUUAUAGAGGAAAUUGUUCAUUGCUAUGUAACUUCUACAGAGAACAAAUUGUUGCAUAUCGAAGUUAGGAACACCAUUAUAGAGCUCUUUACAAAGUUUAAUGGAAAAAAGCACUUGAAGAAAUAUGUACAAGACCUUGUAAUUAAGCAAAACUUGGUGAAUGACAUAAUAAAGAGUACAGCUGAAGAUAUUUUGGAUAGAAUAAAAAAUGAAAAGACAUGUGAUUUGAAAGAGUGCCAUAAAUUUUUGCAUUUUGUGUCUGUUCUUCAAACAUCACCAAAAUAUGAUUUUGAGACAAAUUGUAGACCUUUAUUUCCAUUGUAUAUAUUUCUCUUUGAUAGUUACGGAUAUUAUGCAAGUCAAGUAAAACAAGACAUCAUUCCUGAAAUUGAAGAAUUGAAUUUUCUUAUGAGUACAGUUGUUAAGCAAAUAUUGCCUGUGUUUGUUAAAAAUAUUUCAUUCCUUGAAGAAAUAAAAGAGCAGUACUUACAGUCUCUGUUAAUGUACUGUUAUAUUCUUCUUUUCAAUGAAAAAAUUGGAUUUGAUCUGAGACUGAAAGUCUGCUUAGUGUUUGUGUAUUCUUUUAAUGUGUUAGAAGGUGAUACCAUGAGUAUAUCUCAACUGUUAAGUAAAAAUCAAUCACUAUUUAAUUUGUCAAUAAAUGAAGCAAGUGAUGAAGAGAAACCUAGCGAUUAUCUUAUUAUUAUAUAUUCAUCAAUUAUAAGUGUUUUAUCAGAAGAAAAGUUAGUGUCUGAAACAGUUGAUGGCAAAUCUUUAAUUUUGGUAUUGUUUGAAGGUAUUUUAGAAACUUAUAAAAGUAAUCCUGGACAUUCCUCUAUAGUAAUAGAAACUAGCAAGACCCUUUGUCUCAUGGCAAAACAGUUUAGAAAAAUACCUUUAAAUCUAGUCAAAGACAUAUUCUUAGAAGGAUUGUAUUAUGUGUCAUCUCAUGCUGAUUAUUUUAUUGAUACUGUUAGAAAUUAUUCUAAAAUUUUCUUUGAAGAAUUGGUAGCAUUAGCGGCCUAUCAUUAUGGGAAUGGUUCUACAGAAUUAACUGAUAUCCUAGUGGGAAAAUUUGAAGAAAUACCAGAUGAAGGUGCGAUGAGAUUUUUUGCUUAUGAAAACAUAGCUAAAUAUUAUGGUUGUGAUUUCUUGCUGAAGGAAUUUGACCAGUUACCGCUUAUCCUAUUGGAGUGUGUUGAUAAUCCUACAAUUAUCGAUCAAGCUUGUAAGUCAUACCAAAUGUUAUUAGAGAAAAGUUUCUCCACAGACAAUGAAGAAGUCUGGAUCAAGACUUGGGUCAUUCCUGUAAUAAAUCUGUUGCGGUCUGGCCAGAGAAAUGAAAAUUUUUGCCAGAAAAUUAUAAGUGCAGCUUUUAAAUUGCAGCCCGCAUUACUAAGAAUGACUUUUCCAAACGACUAUAUCGGAACUGUUGAGGAAUCCAAAGUUCUGCUACAUUGCUUACUCAAUGCCCGAAAAAACGGCAUAGAACUGAGUUUGGAAAAAGAUAGUAUUCUGUACUGGAGGGGCUUAAUUGAUAAACAAAAAAUGGAAAUGUUUAUGAUACAUCAAGAUGAGGAGAUUAGACUGUUAGUUCUGGCUUCAAUAACUGAAAGCCUGAAAUCAACCGAAUUGUACCUAGACUGGGAAUUUAUAUUUUUAAUUAAUUACAUAAGGUAUAAUAUAACGGCUCAAUCGCCCAAUGUAAGAAAACAAAUCGUGUGUUAUUACAAAAAAGUCCUAACGCGAUUUGACGCCGGAUACAAGGUUAUCGGGAAGAACAUUUCAAAUCUGUCAAAAUCCUUGGAACUGAAUUCCAGUGAAGAAAGGGACCAGAAAAAAUACUUGUCUCUAUAUCAGGAGCUGAAGAAGUCUUACAGAAGGUUUAUUUGCAAUUUGACAAGGAUAUUUAUAGGAAACUUGUCGUACGACUCUAACUACCCUCGACGGGCUACUAGCCUGGAGUUGUUAUUGAUUAUCCAGACUAUUCUAAAUCCAGACGAAUGGAAAAGCUGCUGGAAUGAAGAAGACGUCAAGAACAGCCACAAUAUUCUCUUCGAUUCCUACGAGAGCAAUAAAGGGAUGAUCGUGAAGCUCUUGAAAACCCUGCCACCGAAUUAUUUAGGAUUUAUGAAUGUAAAUUUCACCUUCAAAUACAUGCAGAGGAGUUUCGAGCUGGCUACGGACGUCAAACCCAGCAAAACCCUGUCCGCAGCUUAUCUAUUCGACAUCUGUUCGUAUUCGCCGUUUUUUUUCGACAUCGUUCACAGCGAAUGCGGCGAAGCGGCCAAGAAAGGCAACGACCCCACUCUGGACAUGAUCGUCGUGCUGACUAGGAAGCUGAUCAAUCAGACUGCCGAUAUCAAAAUAGACCACGUCAGUAUGGCUAACGCUUCAGUGUAUGGGCUGAUUCUGAGCGUGAGACAUCUACUGGAGAACAGAGAUAUUAGUAAACACAAUGAUACAUACAGUGGUGUUUUUGGACAUCUAGUGGGCAACUGCAUCAACAUAAGUUCGAAAAUUAUGCCCGUUGUUUGUAAUCCGUCUCCCGAGGGAUAUCUGCCCGAUUAUGUGGAAGAUUUUUGCGAAAACGACGAGUCUCCGAAAGCUCAGAUGGUCUUAGUGUACGCUUGGCGCACGAUGAAGGAAAUGACCUUGCUAUUGGCCGAAAUAGUAAAACAGACGAUGAAGCUAGAAAGCGAAAUAUCGAUGCUUUCAGACGAUCUCUUGAUGGAAGUGGGACAGCUUUUCGUCAACGUUUUCGUGCAGAGCAAACACAGAGGCGUGUUUGAACAGGCCUCCGUGGGUUUCAGCAUCAUUUGCGAACAUUACUGGUCAUCUUCGAGGGAGAAAAUCAAUUCGUUGCCCAGACAAUGGCUGAACGAUGCUCUGGAGCUUUGUACCGGCAAAAAACACUCGGAGGAUCUCUGUCCGACCAGACGAAGCGCAGGUCUUCCAUUCUUAAUUUUAUCCAUCGUAACGACCAGUAUUGAAUCAGCACCAUUCCAGACGGUCAUGUCAUGUUUAUUGAAGACGGCAGAGGAUUCCGAGGAUGGCAACAGUGAAAUAAAGAUGCAUUGUUUAAACGUUUUGCGAGCCAUCUUCAGGCACAGCAAGCUGGGAGAAUUGGUGGCCCCCUACGUAGCCGCGGGCGUUAUCCUGGCUAUUAAGGGGUUCCGGAGUGAAACCUGGGGGAUAAGAAACUCAUCAACGUUACUUUUUGCCGCUCUGAUGGUCAGAAUGUUCGGUGUACAAAGAACUGCGGACGAUGACAGGGUGUGUUUCAAAAAUAAGCUCACCGUGAGGGUGUUUUUCCUGAGAUACGAGCCCCUUUACAGCUUUAUCUUGAGUACUCUGGCCGAAGAGUGCCAUAAUAAGUCCAGUCUGGUACUACAACCUAUUUUGAUGGUAUUGUCGAGACUUUAUCCGUCUAAUUUCGAAGAGGAAUCUUGUCAAGUGAAAGAGUACUUGCCCUAUAUUAACGUAUGCUUGUCAAGCCCAGAUUAUAGAACCCGAGAUGCGGCUGCUAAGGCUUCCGUAGCUCUGAUAAACAAUGCAGACAUUAAGAGUCACUUUGAGAUGUGUUUUAACAAAAUUGGGGACAUUAAUACAGUGACUGACAAUGAAUGCCACGGAAUUGUGUUGCAGAUGUGCUAUAUAUUAAAAUAUAACAUUGUCAGAGACUUACCGCUGGCAAGUUACUUGACACAGAGUUUACAUAUUUGGGAAUUAGCAGGAAAAAAAUUCAGUCAUAUGACUGUCAAUCUUUACACAGAACUUAUCACAUUAUUAUUACAAAUUUGCAGUAAUUUUGACGAUGUUCCUUUGUUAAAAAACAUUCUCCUACACCUCUCAAAACAGGGAAAAACAAGCGAUGUACCUUUAACCUGGCAAGAAAACUUUCUUUCAACGAGAACUGUCUUAGCCUACUAUAUAAUAAAUAACAAAUUCGAAGAGACUGAAACGACAUACUCAACUGUAACCAAUGAGAUCAUGUCCUAUAUGUACGGACACGAGAAUUCUAUGAAGAGGUUUUUUUUGGAAUUACUGAUCAAGCUGAAUCAGAUUCAUCUAUAUCACAAUCAAUCAGAUAAUGCUAUAAUCAACUCCGAAGCAGAAAUAGACAACCAUCCCUUAUUCUACACAGGAGACGUUGAAAUAAGGCCCUCCAUAACCACUUUGGUGACGAGUUUCUCCAGAACUUCUGUGGAAAACAUCCUAAAACACAUCCAUCCCUACCUGAAAACCUUCCUAAUCGAAGAACUAAAGAUCCAACACAACAUCUGCAGCGAAGAUAGGGUCCUGUUUUUCCUCCUGUUGGAUUUCUACCCUUGCGCCAUCAAAUUUUUGAGGUUAAGCAAACAGGAGACGCUCAACGCUCUGCUGAGCUACUGCGACUGUGAUAAUGAAGAGCUCAUUAGUGCUGUGAUAAGCUGUAUAAGUACGUUUUUAAUGGAGGUCGACUACACUCUCUUAAAAUAUGAUAAACUUUUGGAAGUAUUAGCAAAGUCCGCGUCGCCGGCCGCUGCGGUGCAUCGUAGGCUGACGGUGUGCGACUUCCUCUGCAAGAAUUCAGCGUUAUACUGUAACGAAGAGCCCGUUUUAAAAGGCGAUGAACUGUGUACCGUCAUCAAUAUAGUUAUGGUGUUACUAGAAGACGAAGAUCUGGAUGUAAGGAACGCCAUGAGUAACUACGAGAACGCUUUGAAAGUCAAAAUUAAAAUCAACAACUUUCUCAACCAAACAAUAUCUGGACACCGGUGGCCAGUGGUCCCUGAAAAGGCCAAGGAAGAUCUGAUUCAUUUGAUGACGGUAUUGUUACCCAGGAGAAAAGCCGUUUGUCUGAUUUUCUCUUGGGCUUGUAGGUAUUUUCCGGACCCGUCAUGUGAACCAUCUGAGCAGAUAUUCGAGAGGGGCGGUCUCAACCAGUACGCUGAAAAUACCCCUCUAAUCGACAUUUGUUCGAGGGUCUUGAUCAAAAUGUUAUGGACCCUCCCCGAGGGCCUGUCCUACGACGACAAGUCGAUAUUUCCGGAGGAACAGACCCAGAUCGUCACCUCGAUCCUUCUGGAUUCCCUAAUGAAGUACGACUCGCCCAUGAUGCUGACAAAAACAAAAAUGUCUGUGAUAUGUGUUUUAAAGUCUAUGUAUAAGUUUUUGGAAAACGCCGAAAUCAGCAGCAAUUUCGUAAACAAUUUCAAGACCUAUCUCAACGACACGAGUUUAAGCUAUCUGACCAAUCACUUAGAGCACGGUGACUUGUUUUGCGUGAAAAAAAUCAUAAGGAAAUUAUACGACCCCGUGUUCAGGUUGAGACGGUGAAAAUACUAGAACUCUUUGUGUAGUGAAGAACAUUGACUACUAAGAUUCGAGGAUCUUAUGGAAUUUUCUUCAGUCAUAUUGAUUAUUUUUUAUUGUCUAUUAUAAAUAUAUAUCUACACAUUGUAUUAUCGAUUAAGUAUUUAAUAAAUUUUUGUUAUUAA